AUGUGGUGCGGGAUUAGCGAGCGGUCGAGCUGUCCCCUACCUGUGCUCUCCCUCUCCCCCUCCCUCUUGCGCGCUUGCUCGCUUCUCGCUGUGUGCGCGCGCGAGAGAUUGAGUGAGGCGGAGCGAAAGGGGGGAGAGAAAGAGAGAGAGAGAUCGUGCUCCGCAAGGGGGGGACGGUGGCGAGAGCUUGGAGCUGCUCGUGGGACGCAGGAGCUUCAUUCAUUUUGCAAGACCACAGAAAUAUUGGAAGACUCACAGUGUGAAGAGAUUGCGUUCGAUAGAACAGCGGUGGGGUCAACACUACUGAGCCAUCAAAAUGUUUGCUCUACUUCUGAAGUACCCGGGGCAAACUUUGGAAUCACUGAAGUCAGUUUUUCACAGGACGAAUUUAACACAACAACCACUGGUGUUCUGCCGCCGUCAUUGUUGUCUUGUGGCCCUAGAUCUAUGCUCCCAAUAUCAGUACCAUCAUCAUCUAGCUUGGAGACUAUCCUCUCACCUGACCCAACAUACAGCGAGCUUCAGGUAAAAGAGAUGAACCACAAUGCUACAGCGAUGGAUGAAAGUAGCGAGUUCCUUCAGCUGAUUCUUAGUAGCAAUGAUGAAGGAUACAAUACUGCAAAUGAAUUCCAAGUUUGGGAUGUUCUGGACUUCUAUUUCUCAGAAAGCUUUUCUGCCAUGCAGUUUGAUAGCUUAAUGGGUUUUACAAAUGAUGUUAGUUCUUCCCAUCACGAGUGUAUGAAUCUUGUUGACAUGGUAGAACGGCCUGUUGCGCUCCUGUCCCUCAAUGAUACCGAGGAACAAAGUAACACUACUGAUGAGGCCCAUGUUGAUCAUACAAUAAUGGACCCUGAUGAUACAUCAUUGUACCUUCAAAUGAAACCCUCAGAUUUAGAAACUGAAAGUAAUUGUGCCUCUCAAGAUCUUGAAAAGCCACUUUCUAGAGGCCUGCCUGAUUUAAUGGAUGUCGACUCACCCAGUCGUCUAUCAAAAUCAGCAAGAUCAAAACAAGUUACUCUUGUUCUGGAUUUGGAUGAGACUCUUGUGCAUUCAACAUUGGAUCAUUGUGACGAUGCUGAUUUCACCCUUCAAGUUUUCUUUAACAUGAAGAAUCAUACCGUAUAUGUUAGGCAAAGACCUCAUCUAAAGAUGUUUCUUGAGAAGGCAGCUCAGAUGUUUGAGCUUGUCAUUUUCACAGCUAGCCAGAGAAUCUAUGCUGAGCAAUUAAUAGAUAGACUUGACCCUGAUGGGAGGUUGAUUUCAAACCGAAUUUAUCGUGAAUCAUGUAUAUUCUCUGACGGUUGCUAUACCAAGGAUCUAACGAUUCUUGGCGUUGACUUGGCAAAAGUCAUGAUUGUUGACAAUACUCCACAGGUUUUCCAGUUGCAAGUGGACAAUGGUAUACCAAUAAAGAGCUGGUUUGAUGACCCUUCAGACCAGGAAUUGGUUGAGUUGCUCCCGUUCCUGGAGACCCUUGUUGGUGUGGAUGACGUUAGGCCAAUAAUCUCGAGGACUUUCCACCAUACACUUGAGCAGAAUUAGGUCUAGAUAUUCAUAAUUUUCCUCUACUGAGCCUGUCACUGGAGCUAGGUUCACUCCGUAGGGUGCACUCCAUUAUUGGGAAAUUAGGCAUAGGAGAUUCACCAUUUAUGUUAUGUUAGCUGUUACAAAAUAGCGAGCAUAAACUGCAGUAGUCGCCAUGGCUUGUAUAUAUGUGAAUCGGUUUUCUGUUUCAGAUCCUUGUACAGGAACAAUAGUGUUGAAUAAAACGGUUCUGAAUCAAUUUUUCC